AAUCUUCCAGAAAUUUCUUCAGGGAUUUCCACGAGGUAUUUUGAAGGGGAUUGCUUCAGAGAUUUUUAAUGGAAUUCCUUCAAGAAUUCCUAGUGGCAUUCCUUCAGGGAUUCCUAAUGAAAUUUCCCCAGGAGUUCCCAAAGGAACUUCGCCAGAGAUUUCCAAAGGAAUUUCACCAGAGAUUCCCAAAGGAAUUUCUCCAGAGAUACGAUAAGGAUUUUUAUCAGGGAUUCCCAAAAAAAAUUUCUUCAUGGCUUGUCAAAGGAAUUCCGUCAAUGUUUUCCAAUGGAAUUUCACUAGGGAUCGCAGUGGAAUUCUUCUAGAAUUCUUUCAGAAUUUCCUCAGAGAAUUCUCAAAAGAAUUCUUCCAGCAUUUCCCUAAGAAAGAAAAAACUUUAAAUUGCAAGACUUGAGUAGAAUUUUAUUAUCUCCGACAAAAAUUAAGUAGUUAUGGCUAAUUAUCAGUCCAAUUUUGUGUAAUUUAACCUGAAAUUGCUGUAAAAGAAUUCAAAUGGAAACGAAGUCCCGAAAUAUAUGUUUUUAGUAUGAACAGGUCUGUCAGACGCACGAUCAUUCGAUUCGGCAACGGCAAGCUAAAAUUGCAAUCAAGCAGGACUCUGGAAUGUGGGCUUUGCUUCCAUUGCUCAAUGUGAGUGACUGUUGCCAACCAGUUUUAUGUCCGAGACUGGCCUCAGAAUGGAAUUCUUAGCAAUUUUUCUUUUUUUUUUCGUUUACUUGCUUUUGUUCGUUGGGUGUAAGCUUCGUGCAAGUCCAUCGACUUUGUAGGUAGGUACCUACCUACGCUGAAUGACGACGUUGUUGAAGAUAAAUAUUAAAAUAUUCCUCUUCUCUUGCUGCUAUCUGGUGGAGAAGCAGCUUCGUCAGUGCGAACAAGUGGAAGAGGGCGAGGUCGCUCACACGUUUUGUUUGCGACCUGUCAUCAAGAAGCUUCUUGAGACUUAAGCGAGAAGCCUAUGGUGGAGGUGUUGGUCAGGACCAUCGCUGUUGUACCGUGUGUCGUAAUUCACUUGUUGAUGACAUACUUUCCCGCCGUAAGAUUUACCAUGAAUUUAAAGUUCUCCGGCGGACAUUGUGCGAUUUUGCGGUUGAGCACACUCUUGAGCAUCCAGAAAAGGAUGUACGUACCUAAGCAUACCGGGAUGGGUCGAAUGAUGCUUCCAAGUGAUUGAACUUGCACACGCAUGGGUGGAUGGACACCAAACCUGUUUCCCCAUGGGAUCCACCAGCUUUGAAGUUACAAAUCGGACCACCAAUAACCAAUAUGUGGCCGUUUCGUUUGGCAAGAGGAAAUCGUUGAGGCAUGAAUCAACCGAGCCCAAGGCAGUUGAAUGCACAACUGGACGGACAAGUGCUGCGUUGAUCCAUCGAAGCCCAGCGCAUAAAACAUGAUGAUUGUAUGAAUCACUUCGGCGGCGGUGAAUCGGAACACGUGCAAAUCUGUGAUAAUGUGCGUCUUUUUGUGGUUAUUGGCCUACACAUUGAGGUUAAAGUGCUAAUCAUCAGGCUGGCUGCAGAACGAUGCAAAUUAAAAUUACUUGCGGAUUUGGUUUGCGGGAGGCACCCAGCUGUGAAAAUACGUCGAAUUGUGCGAAACAUUACAGUACGUGACCGCAAUCAGUGUCACUUAGCAAGUGGCUGAUUGACGAGGGUUUGUGCAAGCAUUAAUUCGACCAUUUCAGAAUUUAUCCUUUUUUUCAGGAUCCUUUUGUUCUUUUUGGUGUUAACAUCCUCUUUCAGACAGACCAUGUUUAUCACGAGCACUUUUUCUCCUGGAUUAUUGAUUUGUCAACCACCUUUGCCAUUUCAGCAUUAACCCUCGAGCAGUCGCGUCUUUGACUACCUGCAGCGGCGCCGCGCUCACGCUGUGAACCACAUGCGCGCAUUUUUUAUGGUGCGAGUACUCAGUACACGACGCAACCGCUCCCGGGUUAAUAUUUCGUGUGUUAGAAAAAAUGAUCGCAAUGUGUGCUAAUUAAGCGCUAUUGCAGUGCUAUCAGGAUUUUUGAAAAUCAGAAAUUUGCUGUGGUAGAAGCUGUUUAAAUAUCACCAUGUCAAAUCAAACUAUAUCAACCAUUUUUUCAGGGAUUUUUUGGUAAUACCAUUAAAAAUUUCUCAAUCAGUAUUGUUUUGAGAAAUUUUCUGGGAAUUCCUUUGAAAAGUUCUUAGUUCGGCAAUGCUUUUAUAAAUUACCUCUGUAAUUCCUAUGAGAAUUCUUAAGACAAUUUUUUCAAUAAUGUUCAGCUUUUUUAGGAGUUUCUUCGGUAAUUUCUAUUUAACUAUCUUUGCAAAUUACUCGUCAGCAUCUCACAAAUUCUUAAAAAAAAAAUCUUUGAAUUCCUUCGAAAUUUUUUAGGCGAUUCUUUUGGAAAUUUCUUCGGCCACUACUCUGAGAACUUCGGUUAUGCCUUGGGAAAUUCCUUAAGAAAUUGAUCUGGCAAUGCCCUCCAAAAUUCAAUUUGAAUUUCUUCACAAAUUCCCCUGGAAAAGCUCAGAAAUUUCUUUGGUAAAAUCCUUCGGUAAUUGAUUUGCUUGCUCGGCAACUGCUAAAAAUAACUCUUUCGGCAAUUUUGUCGGAAAUUUCUCAAAAAAAUAUAUAUGUUUUGGAAUUUCUUGCUCAGAAAGAAUAGUAUAAUUGCUGAGAAAAUGCCCGCGGAAAUUUCUUUAGCAACUCGUUUGGGAUCUUUUUCGGCAAUUCCCUUAAGAGUUGAUUCGGUAACUCUUUCUGUAAUUUUGUUUCUCGAGAUUUCUUCGGUAAUUCCCUCAGAUUUUUUUUUCAAAAACUUUUUUGGAAACUUCUUUUUCUCUUUUUUUUUUAAAUUGAGUUGACACUUGAAUUUUCUUUUGAUUUUUUUUUUGCAAUUUAUUUGAAAGCUUCUUCGGAAAUUCGUUUGUAAAUUCAUUUAAGAAUUAUUACGGCCACUCCUUUUAUUAAUUUUUUAUUUUGAUUAUUUCUUUUGAUAUUCCUUCGGCAUUAUUUUUGAAAUCGAUCAUUCGUUCUGUAAUUCAAAUGCAAAUUCCGAUUGGAAAUUCAUUAAUUUACAAGCAAAUUGAGAACGAAAUCCAUAAGGAAUCGCCUGAGAGAUUUUCAAAUGAAUGGACUAGUUUGAGCAGACUGGCCAAAAAUGCUUCAUUUGAAAUUUUUGAAUUAAAUUUGAAAACAUUUUCCCAAAAAGAUAAUUAGAGAAUUUUCAAAUAAAUUGCCGAGGAAGUCUUCAUAAGAACUGCAAAACCAGUCUCAAAGGAAUGUUCGAUUAGAAUACAGAGACAUUACAGACGCAGCUUUAAUAAAAUUGCCGAGGAAAUUACCAAAUGCAUUACAAAAGGAAUUAGUUGUAACAGAAGUAUACAAUGAAAUUACCAAAAAAUUGCCAUAGGUAUCAGAAGGCCGGCUACAAAGUGUACAUAAAAAGGAAGCAAUCAUCAAAUUUUAAUUUUGUACUUGAAUAAAUAAACACUUGUUUAACUUUGUAUGUUUUGUGCUGUUAUUUUUCAUUUUGGGUGUCACAACGAAACUGAAGAUCAGAUUGUAGAGAAAUUGUAAAAGAAUUUCAAAAAAUAGGCUUGUGAAAUGAAUUCGGUAAGAUAUUGUCGAAGUAAUUCUCAAUAGAAAUUUAAAAACAUUGCUGAAGAAAUUUUGAAAUGCAUUAUCGAAAAAAAUCCCAAAAUUGGCGAAAAAAAUUAAGAAAAUGACAGAGGAUUUUACAAUGAUCAAAUAAAUUGCCCAACCUAUUUCCAAGCAUAUUGUUGAAGAAAUUCUUUAAGGAAGUACCAAACGAUUGUUCGACGAAAUUGCCAAAGGAAUUUCUAGGAAAAUCCCGGGAGAUUUCCCAGAUAAAUUGCCGUUUCCAAAACAAACAAAAAAACUGAAUGAUUUCUCAAAAAAAUUGUUGAAAAAAUUCCUAAAAACAGGUGAAAACUUUCUUGGAAUUACAUUUUAGGAUUGAUCACCGUAUGACUUUUCCAUAAUAAACUUUUAUUGGCUUUCUUCGGUCGAACUAUAAGCAAGAAAUGGGAAAAGAAAGUGCAACCAAAAAAACAGUUGACAAUAUCGCAAGUAAACGACGAGAGAAAUUGAAUAGAAAUUGAAAUUGAUAGAGGUCCAUUACUGAACAACACAAUCACAUCGACAAGCUUCUGCACAAAUACCUUGAUUUAGAGCACCUAAGGCUAUCCCCACCAGUGCGUAGUAUAUCGGUGAGUAGCAGAGGUGUGCCACCCGUUUUUAAUUUUGUUACCCACCCGUUUGCGCACCGUGCGUUCACAUCAUCGUUGGUAAAUUACCACCUUUUCACCCCACCGCUGGUUGUCAGUAGUAGUAGUAUAUCGUAUACAAAAUAAAGAGAAGCAAAUAAAUGACAACAUCAUUUUUGUUUCUCAUAUUAUCGUAUUCGAUUGUAGGAAAGUUCUAGUAUGUUGAUAAUGAAUUCCUCCAGUUUUUCGUUUGAAUUUUUGAAUCCCAGGAGAAAUUCUUAGGGUAAUCCCUGAAGAAAUCCCUUGAGAAAUUUUUGAUGAAAUUCCUGAACGGACCCUUGCAGGAAUCCCUGUAGAAACGCAAGGAGGAAUCCAUGAUAAAAACCCUUGAAGGAAUUAAUUCCUAGAGAAAUGCCUGAGGGAAAUCCAGGAUGAAUGUCUAAGGGAGGAAUCUUUAAGGGAAUUCCUGUAGGAAUCCUUGAAAGAAUUCCUGGAGGAAUCACUGAAGUAAUUGCUGGAGGAAUCUAUGAGGGAAUUCUUGGUGGAUUAUAUUUAUAUUUAGUUUCAUUCCAAAGCGCUAACAUUUUUGAAAAUUUGCCUGGCAGUAUGUUAUUACUAUUAUUGGUCAUAUCAACGUUGUUUUUUUGUUAUGAGUUUACUGCGAAUAUAUUGUUGGCUUAAAAAAUAAAGGCUCUUCACCAAUUUAGCAAUAAAAUUUGCAUACCGCCAAACAAGUAGGUAUCCGUAACUGUUUUGAGAAGUUUAACAUUGCCAUAAAAACUUCGCACAUUUAUGGCGAUAUGGAAGUCCGCAUUAAUCUAUCCCGUUUGCAGAUGUCGCAUUGCAGAAUUUGGCGUUCCGAAGGUUACUUUUCCUAAUGAUUUGUCCGUCAAAUAAGUUUAUAACGGUGGUGCCUUGUGGGUGGAGUCUCCGUCAUUUAUGAUCUCUUAUCCUAUCGCACAUCCAACAUCCCGCGCUGUUUACUUUCGCACCGAAUUUUUCUGUGAACAUUACCUAUCUGAACCGAAUCAAGCUCCAGAGCAUUUUUGUCAGGUAACCGGCUGCCCGAGUCUGCUGUGAAGAGCGUUGAUCUGGUAUUCGCUUCAAGUACAACAACGGCUCGUUUUGAUAAUUUAGUAUCAAAACAAACUUGGUUAUCUCUAAUGGUCUGUGUACCUUUCGGGGAGGAACUUAAUCUCGGCAUGGGCAUUGGGUACCCACCGACUUUUAUUGUUCUCGUCCAAAAGUGCGGAUGAUUUUUAUUCCAGCUGGCAUCUCUUACCCGGUUCGAGAUAAGCGCGAGCUGAGAUGUAUCUUUCCAUCAUAGGUAGUGGCAACGAUGAUGGAGAUGAUGAUGGGCGUUGAGGCGUGCUUCAGCCAUUAAAAGUGUCGUGGCUCGUUUCGGUGGGUUGGAAGGCUAUUUAUCGCAACGCCGUGCCGGUGUGUCCUAUGAUAUGGAACUAACAAGGUAACAAAACGAGUUAAUCUCUGGGGCAGUAGAUGAAAGUACGAGGGGGUGGAAUGGAAAGAGAUAACUUCGGAGGUGAACCACUGCACUGUUUCGGUCAUGUACACGAUUCCACGUGAUCAGGUGUGCUACGAAAUUGAAGGAAAGGGCACAUUACAAGCGUUUAUCAUACCAUGCAAGAUGCGGAUAACGUGAUGCAUUGGUUGGCAAAAUAUGGAAAGCUACUUGUGCCAGCUUAGUAAUGAAUUCUAAUCCGAUUUGCUCAGAUUUCUUAACAUAAUAGUAAAGGUAGGAUUCCGGGAGAUUUUUUCCAGGAUUUUGCAUAACCAUCCUUCGUAACUGCUAAUGGAUUUCCAUCUCCUUUCAAAUGAAAUCGAUGAUACAGGGAAUGGCACCCAUUUCAAGCAACGUGCUCCUAUUUUCAUCCAAUCGAAAACAAAGUUAAUAAACGCUAUUUGUUUUGUUUUUUGUUUGUAUUUUUUGUUAGCAAUGGUCAUGCAUGAUAACCCUACGUUCAGGAAAUGCAAAAAUGGAAAUUGAAGCUCAAUUUUCCCAUAUAAUAGCUAUUGAAAAGGCGAUGGUUUGGCCAAAGAGUCUCAGAUUUCCAAGAUUUUUUUCCCACUCAAGAAUCAUACAUGUAACAUGACAUGAACACUUACACAAAUCGAAGAUAGAGUUGCUAAGAUAUUAGUAUAACCAUUACCGUUGCAGAUUUCGCUACUCUCUACAAUAACAUAGAUCUACUCAUCCCCAUACACCUGGCCAAGGAAUUGAAAUAAACAUUCGACAAGGAAUGUUCUGCUACUAGCUAUGCACAUGCUAGCUACGCAAUAAACAGAUUUUGAGCAAUAUUAUGCUGGAGUCCCUAUCAGCACAAACUACUGGAUGUUUCAGAAAAUUAUGCUGAAAUUCUGCAAUUUGUAUUGCUGAAUGCAUUCUGCAUGAUAAAAACCAGUAAAAUAUAGUGGUUAUCUUCCAAAAUUGUUUAGGGUGUAGCCACGUAUAUGUUCACUGUUUACUUUUUUCGCCGAACAACAAACUCCCGACAAGGAACCCGAGCAGAAGAAAAUAACAAGUGAAUAACAUAUCAAGGUAUUUAUCUUAAAUACUACCAUACCUUGAUAUGCCCUUCGUUAGGUGGACAUAAGAGGCAAAAUAACUAAAAUGAAUACCAAAAUUUUGUAUAAAUAACACCUAGAAAAUAACAAGUCUUGUUAUUUCAAUAAUGGAUGCAUACCUAAAAUUUCAAGUACUGUAUUUGUUAUUCCAAAGUUAUUGAAUAACAAACUAAUAACAUUUCUUAUUAUCAAAUGUUUAAUUUGUUCGAUGACUUCAUGAUGAAAUAGCAAAUCUUGUUCUUCGGUUAUUUUCACUGUUGAACCAACAAAUACUACAUCAAUACCAAAUUCUGCUCAAAUACCUCCAACUGUUAUUGUGGUAUUCUCAUAACAUUUCAUAGAAUCACGCAUCAAUAACAAUUUUUGGUAUUAGAGCACAUGUUGCUCUUCGCUUGGUAUUUGUAAGGUAUGCCCUUCUGCUCGGGAAUCUACCCAAUCUAGCCAUGCAAAUAGUCACUUUUUACUUUGUGUGCGCCGAACAACUCGAGUAGUGUGCGGUAGUUCGGCAGCAGCAAAGUUUCGCGCGCUGGCUUUGCUAGAUUUUUGCGAUUUUUUUUUCUUCUCUGCGGGGCUCCGACGACGGGACGGAGUGUGCGGUGGACGCGUCGUGGGUCGAGUCAGUUCCGAAUUUUUCGCUUCCCAUCGCGCUGCAGUGUGAACAAGAAAGAAUAAAAUCGACGCGGUUGAAUUUAGUGUGCGGUGGACGCGUCGUGGGUCGAGUCGGUUCCGGAUUUUCACUUCUCAUCGCGCUGCAGUGUGAACGAGAAAUAAUAAAAUCGACGCGGUUGACGCGUCGUGGAUCGAGUCGGUUCCGAAUUUUUCGCUUCCCGUCGGCGCUAGUUCUCAAUACACUUUUAGUUGAUAAUAAAUAUUUUCUUUCAUUUUUUUGCAUUUACACAAAAGAUUAGUUCGGGCUCGCCGGUCGAGGAAAAAAUCCGGGCGCCGACAAGUGAGUCGCGUUCAGUGUAUUUCUGUGUGGAAUAGACUAAAGGUUUCUGCUCCCUAGUGGAGUGGAGACGCGCGAUAGAAUUUUAUUUUUGGCUAGUUUUUGCGUCGAAAAGUGGUCGGUUGUUAACGGCGGUUUGUGUAUACUGAUCCAUUGUCAAAUCAUAUCACCAACCAUAGGUGACUCCCGGACUGACAAUGUACCUUACCCUACUAACAAAAAUUCCUUCCUGAGACAAACGUGGAGAUGCAGCGAUUCGCGGUCUUUUUAACAACGUUUGUCUUACUAACAUCCCCUCCUUUCCUCGAUGACCGUAAGGACGUGGCCGGCGCCGUUAUUGACCUUAUUAAAGCUGAGAGCUCUCGAACUGUGUACAUUGAGAAUAGUAAGCUAGUCACAAGCCCUAUUCAUUGGUUCCCUGUGCAAUUUCGAUUGCUCUGGUCAAUCACGGAGUAGCAACUACGAAUUGUGCUGUCAUCUAUGCUCAUGCUCAUGCUCAUGUGUGCGCCGAACAACUCCAGGUAAAAAAAUCUUCUGUAUCAAUCCACGGGCUCUACCCCAUUUGGCAUAACGCCGUUUGGCAUAACGCCAUCUGGCGUUCUAUCUUUUGGCUUAGUACGACAAAAAUAAUAAUAUUUGGUCACAGGGUACUUUGACAAACAUCUUUGACAAAAAUAUUUGGCCAAAUUUAACGAAGAAAAUAGUUUGCAUCAUAGCAAACAGUCUUAUCCAUCACAAUAGAUUAGAGAAAUGGUCGCAGUGAUAAGUUACCCUAUAAAAAUAGACAGUCUAAUGGCACCUUAAGAAUAACUGCUAACUUUUUGCAACAACAACAACAAAUGACGGGUUUUCUAGUUUUUUAAUUUCUCAAGUUUCGUACCACCCACCCAAUAUAUUACGAACGAAAAGAGUGCAGUGUUUUAUGGAACAAUAAACAGACAAACUGCCGUGUGCAAAGUGGAACCUAUAAUGCAUUGAUGAUUUUAUUAACAAAAUACGCCCAAUAAAAAUAUUCCAAGUAUUUACCAAUAAGCUUGGUCAUCCUACCAAUACAGGUUUGAUUUUAACCUUAACUCUCUUUAAAAUGAACAUAUACAGGGGAUAGUCAAAAUAAGUGGGACAGGUAAAAUUUUCACUUUCCAAAAAAUGUUCAACUAGCUGUAACUUUUCGAAAAUGGCAUCAAAUAUUCUCAAAUUUUUACUGUAAGCUCAUCAGUGGUCUAAAUUUGGAAAAUAUUGGGCUAUUCUACACGAAGUUAGAAAGAUUCUAGAAAAAAGGUAUAAUUAUCCGAUAGGCAGCUUUGAGCUGUUAUAUCUCCGGAUUUCAUUGCACUCGGUUUGUUGAAUCCGGAGAGGUCAAAGUUGGCUAUCGAAUAACUAUACCUUUUUCUAGAAUCUUUAUAACUUUGUGUAGAAUAGCCCGAUCUUUUCCAAAUUUGCACUUCUGAUACACAACUAGUUGAACAUUUUUUAAAAGUGAAAAUUUUACCUGUCCCACUUAGUUUGACUAUCUCCUGUAUACUGUAUACUUAUGAGAGUAAUAAAGGCCAGCUUAUGAAGUCUUUCAAACAUCUGAAAUAUAGUCCAUUCACAAAAGGAAUAUCUUACUUCCUCGAUUAGCGAUUUAGAAUAUUGUUCCCAAAUAAUAAUUUUUGCUUACGAAUAGAUAGUGCUUUCACAAAUCUAUGAAAGAAAUGAAAAAUAUUACAUGAUUUUUUGUAAAAAAAAUAUAUAAAAAAUGUGUGACGAAGUAGCCUGAAAUUUCAAAAUUAAUUUAUCUUAUUGAAUAAGAUGCCUGUACCAGUUAUCGCACUACCUAAGGAAAACUAGUCCUACAAAAAUAAGAAGAAGACCAACGAUAUGUCGUCGAUAUGUCAAAGGAUUGAUUUAUGUUCAUACUUUACUGGAAAAAUAUAGAAACGGAGUCAAAACUACUUUUACUAUUUAUUACGGCGUGUGCUAAUGAUAGGAACCAUGUACCAGUUAUGGACGCAAUUUCUAAUUUCGGUUCCACUUCGCACUAUUUACAUGCAUCUUUCAUAGGAUUAGCCAUAACUGGUACACUAUUGCGAAAUAGGGUACAAUGAAACCGAAAUUUUAAGGGAUUUGAUUUAUUUCUAUCAUAAUUUGAGCAAAUUGUGAAGUUUGAAUGAGAGCAAUCAUCUUUUGUGAAUGUGAUCUCUUGUUCACAAUAUUUUUUUUGUUGAUUUGCAUCGUUGAAGGGAGAAAAUCAACUAUUAUAAAUUUGAGGUACUAUAUCCAUAACUGGUACACUGUGCCUACAAAAAUAUUGGAAAAAAUAAUAAAUUGAAAAAAAAUGUACAAAAAAUUGAUUUAUUUUUAAAUUUAUGACUAAUUUUCAUUUUAUAAAGAUUGAUCUGGUGGAACCCAGGAAUAACUUUCUGAAAAAAAAGAAAUGUUGUACAGAUAUCCUUCAUGUGUAUUCAUUUGGAUUUAGCACUUUGACUUUUCAAACACUGGAAAUUAAAAAAAAUCUAAAAAACUUGAGGGAUUCACACUUAUUGAACACUUUUUUGAUAUUAUUUUGUUCAAAAUUUUACUUGAUGAUUUUCAGACUUAACAUAAAAGUAAGAAAAGUGUUGUAAUCAGUGAUGUCAGUUUUUUUUCGUAUGUGGUUCCGUAGUUGGGGAAAUGAGAUGUGAUGAAUGUUUGUUUGAAAAGAGGUUUGGUAAUUUAAAAUAUUUGUAUUCGAUUCAGGUGAAAAUCUUUAGAUUUUCCGUAGUUUUUUUAUAUACUACGGAUUUUUCCUUGAUUCUAUAUUCGGUUCAGUAGAUCUGUAGAAAAAGUGCAAUUCCGUAGAUCUGCGGACAUUUUCGUUGAUCUGGCAACGCUGGUUCCGUUUCAUAUUUUUUGAACAUUUGACUGAUUUUGACAUGCUUUGACAAUAAAACGUUGUUUCUAUGAUGCUUUGUUAUUAGGAUAUGAUUUUUCAAAGAAAUUGUAUGGCGAUCGUGACAUUUAGAAAAAAAAAUGUUCCCUACUAACACAUAUAAAACAUUCCAGGGAUUAAUGCUUUUUAAUUUUUUAUCUCAAGAACACCUUGAGAUAUGACAUAGUUUAUCUGAUCAAUUCUUCACAAAAAGGUUUAUGAGUUAUAAUAACAAUGUAACAUUUCUUGGAACACUUUCUCCAACCUACACUCCCGAUCGAAAGUUUGAGGUCAUCCCCUCAAAAACAUGUCAUUUUUAUAGGCUCAUAUCUCCACCAAUUUGCGUCCGUCUUCAAAACCCUAGGUCUUAUUCAAAAGAUAAUAAGUCAAAGAAACCAUGGUUGAGAUGUAACUACUUCAAAAAUGUUUGCAUGUUAAUUUAAGCUAAAGCUGCUAAAUUUUCUAAAAAUGGUAAGGUACCCCGGGGCAAGUGAGAAUCGGGGGCAAGUGAGACCUAUAGCUAGUAUUUUUUUAUUAUUUAUUUUUAAGACUAACAUUCUUCAUGGAAAACAUAGGUAUCACACCUACGGAUACUUUGAAUAUAAAAAAUGUUAUUGUUUCAACCAUAUAGAGACCAUAUACGUUAUUGUUGUUCAUAUGUAAUUUUCAAUUCACUAGGUGAGAUUGACGUGCUCUACUACAUUCGUCGUUAAAAAAUAGAUAUGUCAUUCUACAAAUACUUUUUCGGUUUCAGGAUAGUAUUUAGAGUUCUUGCAAAUUAUUUCAAGCGAAAAAGCUGUAUUUUAUUUUUAUUUAUUACCUUUAGUUUACUGCUCUCACUUGCCCCUGUGCAUUUCGCUAUCUGGGGUAAGUGGGACCUAUGAGAAUAAACAAACACAAUUUAAUGGGUUCAUCUCGCCUUGUCCAGCCUAAGAUGAAAUUAGCACGAAAGUCAAUAAAAAUUGACGCGUUAAGUAAUCUACUGUUGAAUUAUACUUAAUUUCCUCUAUUUAGGUGACAAAAUUCUUGUUUAAAAUGGUAAAACCUUGGGUAAAACAAAAAAAAAAAACAAAAUCAUGUAUUUUUUAUGGUUUUCUCUAAAUAUCUUCCAUUAUUUUUUCACUUAACGCAGCAUAAUUAAUUCUUUUGAGCAUUCAAGAACCGUCCAUAAAAAAUAAAAUAGGGAAAUGACCUUUUCAAAUUCAUGAUUUAAAAAACAUUAUUUAAUGAUCGUAAGAUUAUGCAAGGGAGAAGAUAUUAUUGAAUAUCUCAAAACCCCAGAUUUACUUUUGGCGAGAUUCAUCAAUUAUAUAAUAUAGAACCAAGUUUCGAAAUCUUUUGUCUUUGUAUAAAAAAAUCAAUUUAUUUUGCAUGAGCUGCUAGAGUUGAUUCAAGUGUUUUCCCCAGCGAUUUUUUAUGUGUUACGUAAUUUAUGCACGAUACCAUAAACCUCUUCUUAUUUUAAUCUCUAAACAUAGUCAUUCAUAUAAGAGAUUUAUGAUUUAUGUUACCUUAUUUGUUGCAACUUAUAUUAAGCCCUUAGAACAAAAACUCUGAGUAGGUCCCACUUGCCCCGUGAAACGCAGUAAAUGAAGAUCUGCUAUACUUUUCAUAAUAUGCAUAAUAUAUGGAAUGUAAAAUUUUUGAAACAGUUUUAAUGCACGUUAAUAAGUACAAAUAUACCAACAACGUCUUUUGGGUUCAUUGGAAUUAUUAAAAAAAAUGUGUUCUGAAAUUUUUGACAUGACAAAACCAAAUUAGCAAUUUUUUAGGUCCCACUUGCCCCGGGGUACCUUAUAUAAACUUACGGCGGUGUCGCUGGAAAUUGGGUCGAGCGAAACUCAAGAUGAGAGCGGUAAAAUAACCUAUUUUCUAUUAGCUACCAACUGCAAAUUAUUUUUAGAAAUUUGGCAACUUUUGCUGAAAUUCACCUACAAACAUUUGUGAAAAUGUUUCGUUUAAAUCAUGUUUGAAGUUUUUUUUUUGACUUAUUAUCUUUUUAAUGAGAUCUAGGGUUUUGAAAUCGGACGCAAAUUGGCGGAGAUUUUGGGCCUAAGAAAUGACAUGUUUUUGAGAAUAUGAUCCCAAAUAUUUGAUCGGGAGUGUAUAUUUUAUCGUUUUUCUGAGAGAAUUGGCUUACGUGUCCACCAAAAACCAUUGAAAAUGUAUCUCUUUGAGUGACCUCGGUUUGUAAAGUGAUGUUUAUAUCUGAACUUAUUCUGUUUGGCUUUAAGGUGGCCUGCAAGGUAUGUAAGAUUGAUUUGCAAUGCUUCAAUUAUAUCAUUGGGUUGAAGUUAAGGUCUUCAGAACGAUACUUUGUGGUUGCUUGUGGUGACGUCCUAGAUCAUCCAAAACAUACUCGUAUUAAGGACUAUUGAUCUUUUUCUUCUUCAGUCACUAAACCCAAUUUACAGCUCUAUUGUCCACUAGGGCACUGUGUGAGCGAUUCCAAUUGGAAGCUGUACUUACACUUUGUACAGCGCCUAAAUGUAUUCUAUUCUAACUGUACCAUAUCUAACUGGUUGCCGUAGCGCUGCUUUCACUUUCUACCCUAUCAUGGUUGAAUGAUGAGCACGAGGAUGUUGAUGUGUGGCUGUUGAAUGUUCCUGUUUCCAGUCCGUUUGGGGGUCCAUUAUGGUUUGCCGUUCGCCGAUGUCCAAGUAUCCGGGUCCAUUUGAGCCAUGGGCUCAGAAGAGGGUCAGUAUCAGCUGCUCUUAGGGGGGAAGAGCAACUGACGAAAGUGCCGGGGCUGGGAUCGUACCCAUAACCAUCUGCUUUCGAUCGUCUCAAUCACAGAAAUAUGUGAGGAGCGCACAAGCGCAAAGGUGUCCCAGACAAAACCAUCGGCUUCAUUGAAGCACAGUACAUACAGGGCAUUUUCGUGCAGAGACUCUGCACACGGGUGUCUUGUCCGAUUCCACCCGGGUCGUUACUGGAGUGAGACAAGGAUGUAUCCUAUCACCGCUACUGUUCCUCAUCGUAUCGAUGAGAUCCUGGUCGAUUGAUCGUGAACCACAUCGUUGGUUGCUGUGGCAGCCCCUUAGGGGAACUGCGGCCAUAACGCCCAUAGGGGGCAAGUUGCGCCACCCUUGUUUUAGGCAAACCACGUUAUUUUCAGCACUUUUUUCAACUGCAAUCGUUAAUAUAAGAAUAAAAAUGCUUCUUUACAUUUGAGUUUACAUAUUUUUACUAAAAAAGUUGUACAAAAACUUCAAAAAAAGAUUUUGGUUACUUUUGAUGUAAUUUUAGCCUGUCAAAUUGUUGCACUUUUUUACAUCAUUUCUAAGAAUUUUUUUCUCGCUAUCCCCAUAAACUGUUUUGCACACUCCCAUUGUUUGUGUACCAAGCGGAAAAAGUAUCGAAUUUGGCCCUUAUAGCUUUUUACAAGGGUCCAAACUUCUGAGGCAUGUGUGGGGUAAAAUGCCCACCCCUAGUUAUUUACAUUAAAAUAGCCAUUUAGAUCUAAAUUCUGGCAUAAAUCAUGUAGAACACAAGUUGGAACCAAGCAACAACACAUUUUUACUAUGAAUCAGUUCACUAAUCACACAUCCAGAUGUCAUUUUGUAAUAAUUAUUGAUAAAACAGCUCACUAUGACGUUUUAAUGGAAUUGAUCCAUAAUUAUAGGUGAUCCAUAAUUAUGCAAUGACUGUAUACCAUUCACGAACAAUAACAGUUGACAAUUAACCAUGCGCGCAAGUAUAUGUACACAAUUUGGCAUCCUAGCGUUAGCUGUGGCUAGUGGCGCGUUUUACCCCGCAUUGAAACUAAAAAUCUGAAGUUCAAACUUUUUUUCAAAUUUGAAUUUUUCAGUAGUAAAACAUAAAACUGGUUUAUGGUUUCUUUUAUUUGAAAGAAAACAUGUUGGUGCUUCAUGUUAGUGCCAAAAAAGUAUGUAUUAUGAAGUGUUUCGUGGUUAAAAUUGGACUCUUCCUUAACGUGGGCGUCUUACCCCCAGUUCCCCUACCAUGGAGCACCUAAAUGACUUCGAAUCGGCUGAUGACGUUGCUCUCCUAGCUUAACGGAGCUCUGAUAUGCUCCUUGGCGGCAGGUCUUACCAUCAACAUCAGCAAAACCAAAUCGUUACAUAUAAACAUGCACAGAAAGAAAUCAUGAAAAUUAAACAGCACGUAAGUUAAGCAUCGACUGAAAAUUAUAGCAGAAGCUACAAAAUUACAGCCAUUUGCCGAGAGAUGAUACUGUCCGCUCAGUAUUCCGCCAAUCAUGCGUACUGUUUACAUUUUUGAGACAUAUUCGCUUGAAAUUUACAUGCAGUAACGUAAACGAGGACCAGCUACGCUCAGUCGUCUGCCUCGCUGCGGAGACUGCUCUCUCGCUCUCUGUGGCCGAAGCGGUACAACAGUUUGUUACUUUAUGGUGGAACAUGUUUAUCUUUGAUUGCCUUCUCUUCAGCUUGGUGACACAGCCUAGAGGGGUUAGGCGAGAACUCUUACUCGGAAGAUCUGAGUUCGAUUCUCGUAUGAAGAUUUUUUUAAGUUUCUCUGAAAAGUCGGGGCUUAAUUAACACUUUUCUCUCAGCAAUCAGCAGUGUAAUUUUCAGAUCACACAUAAAUUUCUAUCGAACACGAUGGAGGUCAAUUUGUUACAUUCAGUUCGUCAUAAAUUUACAGAUUUUGUUCAUACUGUGUGGAUUAUGAGGGCAUUACCAACAAUUCAUUAGACAUUGAUUUGGAUUAAGUGAGAUCAAUUAUUACGAAUGAUACAGCAGUUCAAAAGUCGCUGUCACGCACUCUAAGGGGGUUUUACAAUCUGCCUAUAUUCGAUGAAUCAGCAUAUGAGAUUCAAAUAGAAAAGCGAAUUGCUGGGACACCUUUUUCCGCGCGUUUGACCACCCAUUGAUCGAUGAUUGCUAUUUAACGAGCUCCCGCGUAUAAUGAAAACAUCUGGCUACUCUAUAAAAUUCCCCCAUGCUGUCAUGCUGUGAUUACAACACUCAACCGGGCAGCAUUGUGUGCAUAAUAUACAAACAGCCAGUCAGUGUGGUUGUUACGCUUUCUUAUCAAGCUCGCCAAAUUGGAAAAUUGAUCCACUUUGGUCGCGCGCGAUCCACAUCCAGCAGUUGAACGGGGGGUGGUUUCGCACAGAAAAUAUUUGUGCCAAAUCUGCGUGUGCCAUCAACAGGCGGUGUGGUCGCGCGGUCCGUCCGCGAUUCAAUUCUGUUUCAAAAGAAAAACAAAAAUUGUUCGCUCGCUUACGAUCGCCAUCAUCCAUCAGGUUCACACACGAUUUAAUGAUGGGAAAUUUACGACUUUGGCUUAGGUAGGCCAUAGUUGGAUAACACACAGUAUUGAUCCAAUUUGAGCGGGAGCCGAGCUGCGUGCAAGAUUUGGAGGAGAAUUGGAGCAGGGAAUUGGGGUCUUGAGGAGGAGGGUGAUGAUGAAAAUGCUUGUUGUUAUAGCCACCACUUAGCUCCAGGGAAAGGUUGUUUUUAUUUUCAAUCGGUUGAGAUAUCAAGAUCAAACGCAAUUUAACAGUAGGACAUGGUUUGAACAGUUGUGAAAGAGAAUCUCGAAAUGAGCAGACAUUAUCAGGAAUCGUUAUUUGUUUCCCCAUGAUCUGUUAGUCGUUUCAUGUUUACAGUGACAUGGAGACAUCUUUGCACAUGCACGAGCAUAUAAAUCUAACACUCAAACGCUUUUUUUUGGGACACGUCUAAUUGAUGUUUUCUUUAAGUAUUCUGCUGUAUUACACAUUCUGACGCUUCUCAUGCUGCAGCAUUGAGUUGUUUGUAGCCAAAAUGUUAUUUACCGCUGAUUUUAAGUGCCACGUAGGUGAACCCAUUGACAUCAUUUUGUUUUCCAAAUAAAAACUGAGGAUUUCCCCUUUUUUAUUGCUUGCAAAGUAUUCUAGCAGUUUUGCCAUCAACUAUUUAUUUCUAAGAGGCUUGAGCAACUGGUGGAGACGCUUGGUAGCUUAUUUCUGUGCUAUCUUUGUUGAAUGGCAUUGUAAACACAUCGAUCUUUUGAGUUAAUUCAAAAUAGUUCAAGCGCUAUGACGAUCUUUGUCUGCUGUACUAUCUGGUAACCAUUGUUUACCUACUGUUAGCACUUUGAAAAUCCCAGUGAAAAUGAAGAAAGUUUUGAAAAGAGCAUUUAUAAAUCACAAUACACUCUUGUCUGGUAGAGCUGUCCCAACAUUCCGCGCGUUUUGGGUUGGUUUUAACAUAAUCGUAUAGAGCCGAGCGUCGGUACCGUGCAUUGUUGAAAACGGAUUGUUUCACGCACAGUUCUAUUCUUGGUGUCGAACUUGUUGAAGCUCUCAUUAUCAUCAGUGCUGCUGAACUACGGUCUGUUUUCUUCAACUUACAUAUUAUUCAGUAGAUCAGUGAAUCAACAUUGCAAUCAUCAUUAAAACUACUUUCAGUUCAUGUGAACAAUAUUCCAAUCUGUUUGCAUGUGUGACCAACACACUGUAAACAGUUUCUACCAUGGAGACCUUGUUCUAAAAAAAUAGAAAUCGUUUGUACCAUUUCCCACUUGACUUCGCGAUCCAACACCAAGGAGCAACUAUGAUUUUAUUGAUGAGGGUACCGUUUUGCAACAAAUAACACGCUAAACGAGCAAACGUUUCGUAAAUCCAAUUCAAUGCACGAGCACCCAGUCGUUUCAGCUAAGCUCGCUACGUUUGCACGUGCAUCCAUCCAGACUGGGUCUUGGUCACUUUGUCUUCGUCGAUGGUUGGCGUGGGUGUUUGUUAUUCGCCGCCUUGCUAGGAUACAAAGAGAUUUAGACAAACGGACUGGAUAUAUUAUUCUUUUUGUUCGGGGGAAUGCGAAAUCCGCUUAGCAAACUGUGUCUCAGUGUCCUUUCAAGGAUUAGUUUUUUCUUGUGAGCGUUGAAAUGUUGUCAAAAUGGUUCGUUCAUGAAUCUUUCGGCGAAUUCAGUUGACCAUAGAACCAUUCCAAACAACUUGUACAAAGGAAUCACCACCUAGUAAUGCUUUACCAUCCGGUAUGAGGAACAUAAACCAAUUCAAUUGCAAUGAAAUUCGCCCGUUUGUAAAGGUCAAAUUGAACAACACACACUGCACCACUGGUUGGAUGCAAGUCAUGCAGAAAACGAUAGGCAGCGCCCCCACCGCACAUGGAUGGAUAAACAUCAGAGCAAACAAUAAUCGAACAAACGCGGAUGUUCCAAAACCCAUCCCAUUACCGACCGCACACCACCACCUUUGGUGUUUGUGUUUGAUGAGCGCAGCCCAAUAGGCACGUUUAAUAGUCAGCCAUGGAUGAUGGAUAAUGUAUAUGCAGCAGGCUUCGGUAUACGUUCGAAGUAAUUAAAUGGCAAUUAAAAUUAUUAAAAUUAUCGCCGCUGGGUCGAACAGACGAGGUACGGUGUGCCAAGGUGGUAAACCGGGGUAAUUUUGCCAAUCAAAGUAUAAUACGGUCUUUCAAACAUUUAUUACGUCAGCUGACUAAUGCGCUAAAAGAAACGGCUAUGAAUAUUCGUUGUAUUUCAUAAGAGAGAUUUCGGUCAGCCAAAAUUUAUUUUUUUUUCCUGUUGAGGAAAAAAAGCAAAUAAGGUCAUGGAAUCAUGAAUCAUACACUAUGGAUUCAUGACCUUAGGUUAUAAGAAAAUAAGCAUGAAUCACGAUUAUAGUAUUUGUUAUUGAUGGUCUUGUUCAUGAUUCAUAUUUUGUUGAUGCAAAAUGAUAUUAUUAUAAAAAAUAAUCUCUGGUACCAUGAACAAAAUUCACGAAAACAUUUAUUCAUGGUUCUAGAGAUUGUUAGUUAUGAUUCAUUAUUCAUGAAAGUGAGUUAAUAAAACAAAAUAUAGACAUUAUAUGAACCGGGUAUUUUGGCCAGCAUUCAAAACUAAACUUAAAAAAACAAAACUGUUUUUUUUUUUAAGAUUUCUCACUAACUCAUCGCUUCAAAUUCAGAAAUUCGUCGAUCGCACGAUACCGCGUGACUGAGAUGUAAAAAGGUCUGACAGGCUUACUUUGCGUGAUGUUUUGUGGCAAAAUACGUUCUUAAUGACUAGUUUAAUGACUCGGAGUCAUGUUUAUAGUUCUCAGAGCCGUGAAUUCAUGACUCUGCGCUAUGGUUUCAUGAUUUAGCAUCAUGAUACAAUAACUAAGCGACUAGAAUGGCUCCAAAUAACGUUUUUUGCAAUAAAUAGUUUUUGUAAUGAAAAAGUUAUAAUUAUCAUGAUAUUAUGAAGCGUUAAGGUCAUGAAUCCGACAGCGUUUUUUUCUCGUGUGUCAUCAAAUUUGGUAAUAUUAAUUUAAGGUAUCAAUCGUUGAUUAUAUUUAUUGUGUGCUUCGUUCCCUGUAGUGUAGCGCGCGCUUUGUUUAUUUCUCCUCGUAGUUUUUUUGCUUGAAACUCAUCCACGAUAAAAAAAAACUCUCUUUUGAAAUGAAACGGAACCACGUAUAUGUUGGGGGCUUUUGAAGCUAGGUUAUGGUUCCAGAAAAGUUCUAUAUAUUUUAAAGAAACUUUGCAGAGCUGGGUGAAUUUGAGUUCUUGAGAGUUUCCAGAAGAAAAAACUGAUUACUCCAAAUUAAAAAAAAAAAGAAAUAAAUUUUUGGGAACCCCCCAGCUAAACAAAGUUUAUUUUCAGGUAUUUUUAGCAAUAUUCAUACAGAAGUUCCACGGAAAGUUCUACCAGAAGAUGCACUGGAAAUUUCUCUAGAAAACCACCCAGAAUACCUCCAGGAACACGGGGAACUCCAGGAGUUUUGCUUCUGGAAUUCUCGGUGGAACUUCAACAGGAAUUCUCGGUGGAUUUCCCAGAUGAUUAUUUUCCGACGGAAAUUGUAGAGGAAUGACUGGUGGAUGCUGGAAUUCGCGGUGGAGCACCUAGAGAAAUUUUCGUUGCAACUCCCGCAAGAAUUGAAUAAGGAAUAUCUGCUGGAAAUCUGAAAGAAAUUUUUGGUGGAGCUUAUGCAGGAACUCUCGGUGGAGCUCCUUGAUGAAUUCCCGAUGAAACGCCUAGAAAAAUCCCCACUUGAAUACCUACAGCAGUCCCAGUGGAGGUCCUGUGGGAAUUGCCAAUGGAACUCCUCGAGGAAUUUCUGAUGGAGCUUCUAGAGGUAGCUCCGUCGAAACUCCUAUAGUGAUCUACAGUAGAGCUCCUGCGGAUCCCCUACAGUGAUCCUCUCGGAAACCCCAGUGGUGGAGCUUCUAGAGGAAUUCCCGGUGGAAUUUCUGGAGGAUUUCUAGGUGGAUCUUUUUGAUGACUUUUCGGUGGUACUCCAAGAAAAAAAUCUUGGUGGAACUUCUAGAGAAAUUCCAGAUGGAACUGCAAAAGGAAUGUCCAGAGGAACUUCUUGAAGAAUUGCGAGUUGAGUGUCUGCUAUUUCGCAAUGUUACUCCUAUGUGAUUUCUCGAUAGAACUACUGUAAUAAUAUGCGGUGGAGCUCCUACAGGACUUCGCGGUAGAAUUUAUAGUUGAACUCCUAGAGAAGCUUUUGGUGGUUCUAAAGGAACUCACGGAGUUUCUCCCGGUGAAACUCUUAGAGAAAUUCUCGGUGGAACUCUUUCAAGAAUUUUCGGUUAAACUCAUAGAAUAAUUGCUGGUGGAUCAGCCACAGCAAUGCCGGUUGAACUCCUUGAGGAAUUCCUGAUGGAGCUUCUAGAUGAACUUUUUUUUAGAAACUAAAAGGAAGGUAUCGAUAUUUGAUAAAAAAAAAAAACACAUUAUUGGAAAUAUUAACUACAGAGUUGCAUGUGCAAUUAAAGUUCCCAUUCAUCUGCCGGGCACGUGCUUCAACAACGUUUUACGAGUAGGACAUUAUGAAAUGUUUUCUUUCGAAAUUUAAACAUUUCGAUCAAUUGAACAUUCACAGUUAUUUCUAACUAUUCCUCUUCUUCUUGGCGUAACACCCCAACUGGAACAAAGUCUGCCUCUCAUCUCACAGUUAUGAACUGAGAGCUUCCACUGUGAAUGACUAUUUUGCAUGUGUAGCGCAUAUAGUGUGACAGGUUUGAAGAAGAUAUUCUAUGCCCGCGUAAGUCAAGAAAAUUUUCAUUACAAAUAGGUCUUGGAUCUACCGGGAGUCGAACCCGUUACCCUGAGCUUGGUCUUGCUGAAUAUCCGCAUGACGUCAUUAGUAUUGGUGUAGCAGUAUGAAUCGCUGUUCCAUUGCUUUAGGUAGUACCUGUAUGACUUCCGUCAGCAGAAAAAGUUGGUUCAUGUGGUGUCACAUGUUGUCCCUGUACUAUCAACUUCAUUACCCAUCUUCCGUCGAAGCCUGCAUGUCCGUCCAUUCUCGCAGCUUUUGCCUGAACUCCAACCAACCACCAGAAUAUGACAAAUGACACCGUCGCAUUGGCUUCUCGUCCAAAUCGGAUGCCAUCGAGUUGGAACACCCUCGUACUUUUUUCUUCUUCUGGUGAUGCACCACACUGAAGGCCGAACGCCGAAGGGUUUUAAAGCCCAUCAGAGGACAGAGAUUGUGUACGAUAUUGGUCGUUGAAAACCUGGCAAUAAUGCUGCACCGUACUCUGCACGGCAUUGUCGUCACACAUUUUACGACAUCGUACGGUCAUCACCGGCGGAUACCGGCCGGAAAAUGAAUGACCGUUCAGUAGCAUUGCUUCAGUGCUUUCCAGUUACCUACAACAUAUGCGGAUCGUGGUAAAAAAGGAGUGAAGGAAUGGGGCUGUACCAUUGUGCAACAACUGUGAAUGAAUGGUGCUAACCUUUCUCAUACUGUGUUUAUGAGCUUUGGAAUGAUGGCAGUGCAAUAUUAUUCCUAUUAGGGAGUAUUAUGAUUGGGAGAGACGCAUCUGUACGGAAGCAAAGAGAAAACAUUCAGUUAACAUAAUCUAUGGAAAAUAAAACCGCACAAAGUGGUUAGUUUAUGGUGACAUGAAGUACGUAGAUGGAGUGUUUUAUUUUUCUGCUAGUAUUUUCUUUCCAUGAUUGCUUGUAGCUUUUUACUUAUUGUAAAGUUAUCUAUCUAGUCCAGAUAACUACAGUAUGUAAAUGUCUGAAAAAGCUGUGGUUUUCUUGAUUGUUGCCGUCUUCUUUUCAAAGAGUUCACAAGUAAGUGUCUACAAGAGCAGAAGAAAAUAUCAACAGCAUAAUAAAAUAUGUUAUUUUGGUUUCAUAACUGAAUAAAGGAAUCAGGAAUUUUUAUGUUAUGAGCAUAACUUAUUUUGUAAUAAACUUGUCUGUCAUAAGCGGCAAAAUAACAAAUAUCAUAACAAAAAAAUGUUCCUGGAAGACUAAUACAAUAACAUGUUUUGUUAGAUCAAUUACAAUUUAAUAACAGAAAAUUUGUGAACUUGUUAUUGUUGUGUUAUUGUUUAUCACAUAUUUGUACAUUCUCUAUAGUAGAAUAAUAGCUAAACUUGUUCUACAACAAAACAUAUUAUUGAAAUGUUAUCUUGUUGAUGUAUCCCAAAAAACUUGAACAUCAAAAUAAGAUAGCCCAACAAAACAUGUUAUUAAAAAGAUACAUUUUAAUAAGUUAAUAAUAACAAAUCAUGAUAUAAAAACAGGGGUCUCCAGUUAGCCUAGUGGUUAACCCAAGUAACACCGAAAACAUAAUCCAAAAAAGCAAAAUAUUUACUUUGUCCUACAGCAGUUGUUAUAAAGUUUCUCGAAACAUAUUAUGUCAUGGAUAUGUCGUUUUCAUGAUACUCAAAACUUAUACACAGUGAUCUUCUAUUUAAAAGUCUUAUUAAAGAAUGUAUUUUGUUUUCUCAAACAAACAUUGCAUGUUGUUUUCGAUUUUGUUGGGUAUGUUCUAUUUAAGUACACUUUGUUUGUUACCAUACAUGCUCAGUAUGUUUUAUAUGUCAUAUUAAAGUAACAUUUGCAGUUUCUUGUUUAAGACUUGUUUUCAAUCAUGUUUAGACAAAACAUAGUAUGUUUCGUAUGUUUAUAAUUAGUCGAAUUUUGGUUUUCUGCAGUAUGAUAGAAAACAUGUGUAACAUAAACCUAAUUCAUUUUUUUGAACAGGGACAUGUUACACUGCCGAUUAUAGAAAUGUAGAAUCAAUUUUUAUUUCCUACGCAAAAAAAUAUACUCCUAACAGAAUCUUAGGUAUGAAUACCUAUAAAAAAGGACAGGAAUAUAUGUUACCACAACAUAUGUAUAUGAUUAUCUAUAGGGGCCGAUUUUACCGAGCAUAAUGCUCUUUCAGCCGCUUCAAUGUAUAAACUGUGAUAAUUAUUUGAUACUUGAAAUUUAUUGUCUUAUCAAAUCGUGACAGAUAUCAAACCGUUCAAAUACCAAACCAAACAUGAGAACCAACAACAACCACAACAAAAUUAUUCACAAAAACAAUAUCAAGCCAAUUUUGAAUCAUAUCUCAAAACAUGUAUAAUGCCAUGUCACAGACUGCCAUUAAAUUGUAUUUCUAAAUUAUUAAAUACUAGCUGUCCCGGCAAACUUUGUCUUGCCAAGCUGUGGUGGUUUGACAGCUGUUGAGGUCAUCGCAGCAACGCACUCUAGAUUGAUUUAAUUUUGAUCACGCUGAAUUUGUUCCCCGCUCAUGAAAAAUCCGUAUUUUUACAAUUUUCAUACUUUUUUAAAUGAUUUUCGUAACUUUUUGGACAUAUAAACACAACCACCACGAAUACGAAUCGAACCAUGCAAGAGUCAUGCUGAUCGGUCCACCCGUUCUUGAGUUUUGUUGCCUCAAAGGAACUUCAAACUCAUUUUUAUAUAUAUAGAUUUAUCAAAUAUUCUAUUAUGUUUCAAUAAUUUGUGAUAUGUAUGUACACUACCCGUCAUAAGUACGGACUCACAAAAAGUAUUGCAACAAUAUUGCAUCACCCUGACUCACCUCGAUAUCUCUAAAACCAGAACACCUACAUAAAUGCCGCCUUCAGAAAAGUUGUUGCUUUUGGUCUUCUGAAUAACUUUCCUGAAGACAGCAUCUUUGUAAGUCCUCAGGUUUUGGAGAUAUCGAGGUGAGUCAGGGUGAUGCAAUAUUGUUGCAAUACUUUUCGUGAGUCCGUACUUAUGACGGGUAGUGUAUAAACUUGACAAAUUCUUGAGAAAAAUAAAGUAUGGUUGAGUUUUUGUGUUAAAAUAAGAUGAAUACUAUUUAUUUAUUUUGAUGUAAAAUUCAUCAAAAAUACUGAUUUAUAAGGCGCAUUAAUUUUAUCGGGGUACAAUAGUCUAUUUCACCGUAAAAAAUGAUUGGCAUUAAAAUUUAUGACCACAGUAUGGUAAUUAGGCGUUAAAGUGGAUUGGUAGAAUUAUUGAUGCAUGUCGAUUCUCGCAGAGUUGUCGAUUAUUAAUAUUGACAUUUUCAAACUUAAUUAUUUACAGUAUUAAAACAUCCUGACUGCCAAGGCACUGUUUUCUAGAAUUUGUUGAAAAUAUAUAAUGGAAAUGAAUAUGACAUCACAAAGAUGUUGCGCAGGCUCCACCUUCUGCGCUUUUUCAGUCGUAUAUCAGUCUGCAAAUCGGUUUUAUUGCUUCAAACCAAAACUUUGUAACUGGUCAUAUUGGAGUCGAAAUAAUUUCUAUAAGACAUGUUGUGUUACUUGGGAAGGCUAUGGAUCGCCAAUCCGGAGACGGCGGGUUCGAUUCCCGUUCCAGUCGGGAAAAUUUUCUCCACUCCCUGGGCAUAGUGUGUCAUUGUGCUUGCCUCACAAUGUACAAAUUCAUGCAAUGGCAGGCAAAGAAAGCCCUUCAAUUAAUAACUGUGGAAGUGCUCAAAGAACGCUAAGUUGAAGCGAGGCAGGCCAACUCCCAGUGGGGACGUAGUGCCAUAAAGAAGAAGAAGAAAAAGAAGAAGAAGAAGAAGAAGAAGAAGAAGAAGAAGGAAAGAAGAAGAAGAAGAAGAAGAAGAAGAAGAAGAAGAAGAAGAAGAAGAAGAAGAAGAAGAAGAAGAAGAAGAAGAAGAAGAAGAAGAUAUAAAAACAGGCUAUGUGACUCUGUUGUUAUCAAUUUGAUAUUCUCCUCUGCUCGGGUAACCAUAGAAUUCUUCUACAUCCACAUUCAAGAAUUCAAGCACGCUAGUUCCCAUCAUUGCUCCGAUCCCAUAGAAACGGCACGUGCUCGACCCACACCACAGACUCGCCGACUUGCAUCCUGAGGGUGGUUUUGCUUUAAAGUUUUCACCCAACCUAACGAGAGGAUGCUGCACCCUGAGAGGAGAGCAUAUUAUCACAUUUUCCGGUAUAUAGGAACUUCAAGUGCACUGCAAGAGUAAAACACCCAUAAAUCAAUCUCUUCGGGCCGUGGUCCAUCGUGCACCCGCCCAUCAACCUCGCCUCUGCCCGAAAGCAGAGUUUAUAAUGCCGAUCGCUCGAUAGUUUUCCAAUAAGCGAUAAUUUGUUCGGCGGGUAGCCGGUUGGAUUACUUACUGCACGCCUUCGGUUUCUUGGUAUGUUCCAUUCCGCUGUCGUCGGUGGGUCUCAUCGUCGUCGUCGUCGAGGUGGCGAAGAAAGACACAGUCAGCAGCAGCAGCAGCAGAAACAACAACGAAGGAGGUGAAUGACCACACCACGAGACAGUAAAUUGAAAAACCAGAUCCAAGUCUCGGUUACAGCGGGGGCUUUACAUGGCGUAAUGAUAGGAAGAUUUAAUACUAGCCUGCGUACAGUUGCUCCUUUGUUGACAGUUCGCAUCUUUGUUGAUCGUCAAGCUUCAUUAACGGUGAUGUAAUUAGAAACUUUGAUGGUACUAUUGGUGUUGUGAGAUAACGCGUGUUUUUCCCUUAAAAUCUGUCAGUACCUACUCCUCGUCGAAGCGAUCGUUCCAUUAAAAACCAUUAAUUAUACCUCAGCAAUCCUGUAGAGGGCUUUGCCAUGCAAUGCUGUUUUGGGAUUCUGCGCGUACGCAGUGAAGACAUGCAGUUGCUUCAGUCAAUCCAUGUCGUACCUAGGCGGCCGUCGGUACCGUACGAUAACGAAGAGUUUUGGGAGCAGUUCGACAAUCACCAGGUGUGAUCAGAACCGGAGACAGCGCCACGGUGGAGGUGGAGCCUGACGUUGAUUAUAACGGAGAAGUGCUGUUAAUCAAUCAGAACGAGCACGAUUUGUGGUUCAGUCUGCUGAGGUGAUCUUCAGAUAUAACGAUACGAAAGGUUGUAGUGAAAGAAGUUGAGUAUGUAUUCGAAUGCACAAUCUCUGGAAGUUAAACAACUUUCUCGACUACGAAGCAGUUUGAGUCGAACGGUCAAGCCUCUUUCAAUUGAUUGAUAACAUUGCAUUUUUUGCAAGUAAUAUCGUCCACGAUGGAAGGCGACUAUUCGCCGCUGACAGUGACGAAGACAAUCUUUUGAGUGUAUAUACUAGAUAUGUACCUGUGUAUUUCUUGUUACAUCUAAACCAGACUCAGUCAAUGGCCGUUAAUUUUGUUAUCACGUAGCAAAUCACAGGUACACGCCCGUUGAAACGUACUCAUGUUUAUCAUUCCUAUCUACACGUCAAGGGCAACCUUGAGUCGUGCGUCGUGAUUAGCUUUCGUCAAGAUGUAGGUAUAUUUGAUUGGAUUGCAUCCCGAAAUAUCGACGGUUACAACAAGAAGGAAUGAAGAUCUGCACAGUUCCCCCCUUUAACCCACAUCACGCGGUGCUACAUAAUUGAUAUGGGUUCGCGGCGAUGAUAAACGGAUCGAUGACAUUUGUUGUUCCUCCUGCUUCGCAGUGUGCAUCUAUCAAUCGAUGAUGUCAACAGCUGUAGCUCUCGUUCCGACAAAGGUCGUGUUCAAUUAUUCACGUCUCUUGGGGAACGACGACUGUGUGGAGGCGAUCACUUUCGUCGUAUGGUAUUGUUACACACAGUCGUGGUGGAAAUUGAAGGAAUCAAACACUUCCUGGCAGAAGGCACUUGCCGUACAAAUGGUGGAAGCAUUUGAGAGCAAACAGAGAACUUGGUCGUACAUCCUUCGAGGCAACACAUUGAGGUUAUUUGAUGCUGAACACACAUGUCCUAGAGGAAUAGGAGGACCUACACACUAAACACUGUUAGCAGAUGUUUUGCUGUAUUCUGCUGAGUUGCUAAGUUCUGGUGGAAUAAAUGGAUGAAUAUAAGAACACAUGACUUAAGUACUGUGAAAUUUUUGAUACAUAGUUUAGAAUAUGUUAUACUAAAAUUUUAGGCUAGUUCAGAAAAAAAAAUGCUAAUAAGAGAAGAAGGUAGAAUUUAUUAAUAGAUUGUUAUAAAUGAUAAUCUGAUUAGAAUCUAGUUGAUUCGUUCCAAAAAGUUUGAAUUGUAACGUGCGAAUGCCAUUUGCUAAUUGCAAAGUACGUUUGCCGCUAAAGUUUACCGAAGUGCACUGUGAUUAUGAUUGACACAUAAAUUGUCAAUCAAUUGCAUCUGUGCUACAAUAACUUGCCAAUGUUAUAAAUAGGUGCAUUUGCAACAGCAACAAGUAGAUGAUCAGAACUUAGAUGCUCUGGAUUUUACGUAUGUUUGUCUGUGAUGGUCAGAUGGUAGCGCGAUUGUAUGUAUUAGAUAGGAACAAGUCUAUCGAAGAAGGAUGUAUGAAAUAAUGGUGAGGAUCGAAGAGGAACAUCUGCUUCGCGUACCAAAUGAAAGGAGCUCGUUCGCGCAAGAAUGAAAGAUGUUUUCCAACACAGACUUAAAGUUAUCGCUUGCAGGCAUGUUGUUUCUCGAUUCUGAAUGAAUAAGUUAACAUGCGGAACUGGCGCUGUUGUAGAGGUAGAGGUAAAGUAACCACAGAGCGUGCCGAUGUGCGUGGUCGCAGGGAUAAGAUGCGAAUGUUUGUUCCAGUUGGAAUUGUAUGUUGUUGAUGAAUAGGGAAAUGCAAUUCGAAUUAUGUUUUGGUUUGAGGAAAUAUUACAAUUUAGAAACGGGAAAACAUUAUUCAGCGCGAUUACAUUGAUCGAAGUGAUCCUCUUCAUGAAAAGUCCGAACAGUUUUUGCCCUUAAAUGGUGUUUCGUAAUCUGCAAACGAAAUAGGGUGACGAAGGGUAUUAUCGGCAGGUUUGUUCUCUUCGUCAUGGGGGGUUUUUGUGGGCCGAAUUGCCUGAAAUUUGGUUAUAUAACUCAGCUUAAUUGGGAAGGAUUUGAGGCCAAUUCUGAGACCAAAAGGUUUCAAAAAACCCCCCAUGACGAAGAGAACAAAACUGCCGAGAAUACGUAAGUUCCCCUAUAUAAAUUCGUAAAAAUACAGUUAAACGUGUAACAUUUUUAAGCAUCUUAGCAAAGAAUGAAGGCUAAAAAUCUCCGUUUUUUUAUUUAUGGCGCAGCUAUUCAGUGCUCUGAGUAUUUUCACAGUUAUUAAGUGAGAGCUUCCUCUGCCAAUGAUCCUUUUGUAUUUGUAUGCUGUGUGGCAGAGAAGAAGAUCCAAGGUGAAACUGAACUGAUUAUUGUUGUAUUAUUUUGACUAGCUUCCAAAGUCUUUGAAUGUACCUUGUUCAUUUCUUAUACGUUUUCUUUGACGUUGGGGAUAUCUUUAACUAUGGUGUAUCACAGAAAAGGCGAAAAGACUACGGUCGCGCGCUUCUUUCCUUUCUUUUUAGCGCUUUAUCGCUAAAAAGAAAGGAAAGAAGCACUUCUUUGUCCUCAUAAUCUUUCCUAUGGACAGGAACAUGCUUAGAAAUGAUCAGUAAAAUCAUCGGUAUAUUUUUGAUAGGAUCCUUUACACAUUCCUUCCUUCAGUCUUCACGAACUUCAAGGCUUAGAACUUGUCUCAAUUUGCCUUGGUUCUUUCCAGAAAUGAUGGCUAUGAAUCAAUUUGCACGUUGUUAUUUAAUUAUUUUUCAUAUAUUAUGUGAAAUCAUGUAAUUUGCUUAUUCAAAUGCAUAAGCCAAAUCAGAAGCAGGCUAGAGUUCGUUUUGCACCAAGAGCAGCGGCCAGGGAUUGUCGGAAUGCAGUGAAUGUGUUCAAUGACUCCUUUUCUUCAAGGAUAUCCAAGAACUCCCUCGAAUCCUUUAUGAAACCCCCUGAAACACCCCUGAAGCGCUACUGAAACCCUUUAAAACGACUUGAAACGCAUCGAAACGCCGAAGACUCUGAGGGUGCCGUUAUAGUUACGCGUAAGAGUGAGAGUGCGCGUGUGCGAAGCCGCAAAAAAUAAUAUCAACAACAGCAAAUCCACGAAAAUCCUUUGGACGCGCACUCCCACUCUCACUUUGAAGCGGUACUAUGGCAUCGCCGUGAUGGGGGGAGGGGGUGGUUUGACCAAAGUCUAUGGUCUAUACAAAUUGCUAAUAUUGAGUCUACGUAGUUUAUGGCCAGCGCUUUAGAAGUUCCUCUAAAUUCCUCCCGGCGCAGUUCGCUUGAUUGCAUAACUCUUAGGCGUUAUCUAAUAGAUUGACACUACUGUGCUGUGAAAGUUUCAUAGAAUAUGGAAUCGGCCUAUUCCAACCACUUUCUGAUUCUAGCGAUGGCUAGACAACAAGCAUACGAAUAUACAUGAGUUGUAUAUUUAGAGAGAAAGAAGAAAUAUACCAAGUAGGAGAAAAGGGAUGGAUCAGGUAUUGAACUCAGGAUCUUAUGCAUGCGAAUCAGAAGCGGUAGCCACUAGACCAAUAACCUUCAGAAAUCUCUCUAAAAUACCAAGAAAUUCACCUGAAAUCCUCCAAAGCCUCCUCAAAACCAGUAUCUGAAAAGCCCUCAGACGCAUCUAAAACCUCCUGAAACCUCUCACAAUCUCCGGAAACCCCUCUGAAAUUCUCUAAAAUGUCUUGAAACACCCUGGAAACUUCCCUGAACCAUCCCUUGUACAUACCGAAAGCCUGUGAAGCUCCCUGCAAUACUUUGAAACCCACUGAAUCUUCUGAAAGGCCCUGAACUUCGAGAAACCUACGGAAACGUUCAAAAGGUCUUCUUAAAACUUGUGAAACUCCCCUGAAACGUCUCUAAAAGCUCACCUGAAAAUCUUUAAAGUGCUCUGGAACUCCCAGAAAAUCCCCUUGAAGCCUUCUGAAGUCCAUAUCUUCUUCUUCUUCUUCUUUCUGGUGUAACGUCCCCACUGGAACAAAGCCUGCUUCUCAGUACUGAGCAGUGAAGAGAAUUGUCAGACAAAAGAGGCACAAAACAAGCAACAAAGAAGGUGCGACGAUUACUCUUUAUCCCUACUGGUAACAGAUAAUGACAUGAUCUCGAAAUUUUUUGUUGCAGACAAAACGAAAGCUGAAUUUGUUGCGUACUUUUCAACUCGUGAAUAAUCAAUUAUUGCUAACCCAAAGUCGAAACUGUUUGAUGAUAUAGCUUCACCAGAGUUGCAGUGUUUACCGACUAAAAGUUACCGUUCGAAAAUCGCAAUGCAAGGCUCACAAAUCACUAAACUCGUGGUGUACGAUGUUAAUCCCAUUAUUUUCAAAUUGGGACAAACUUAUGUCGCAUGGGUUUGUUUGUCGCAACAAAUACAGGUUGAGACAUUGUCAUUAUUGUUGCGCGAUGGUUGAAUUUUGAUUCACUGGCACUGAGAGCUUCAUCUGUCAAUGAUUAUUUUGUAUGUGAAUAUCGUGAGAAACGAUGUCAAAGUGUAACGACCUUCUUACAAUUGCUAUAGGAUUCCUCAGGAAUCCCUAAAAAAAUAAAACGAUACAACAAACAGCAUGUUGCAGAGCCAUCUCUCAAGAAAAAGAGGAAUUGCGACACUCGCGUGACGUAGUCUAUGGCCCACACAAACUCUCUCCCACGAUCCAUAUCCAGAGAGGAAAACGAAAUGUAUAGUCGCGUGCAUGCGGAGUGAGAUGGCUCACGCCCCCCAGCAAUACGGGUUGCAUUGGGGAUCGCGGCCCAGACUAUGAGGGAAAAUGCGAAGAAGAAUCGUUGGAUCGGGUUACGCGGCAGAGAUUGAUAGGCCAAUAUACUUCUGCCUUGCAGAUAUAUUGGCAAAGCGAACAACCGAAACACAAUAGAUGUUUACGCGAUUUGCAAAUUUCUAUUGUUGGGCCUCAACUAGGCAAGUAAAUGGGAAUGCCACCAAUCAGUUUAGCGAAGCCAAGCUAGUUAGACGCAAAGUUGAUGGUGAAAUAGCUCAAAAAGUUGUUAGAAAGCCAGAUUGUUACCCAGUGCGUGAUAGUCAGAUUGAAGGUGAGAUCAAAACCCAUAUCUAUUAGAACUGAAAUAUGAUAGUAAAAUGAACAGAUUUCAGAUUCCGUUGAAAAUAUUGUGCUAGAUACGACUGUAGAUCGUGAAUACAUACGAUUCCAAAAAAAAAAAGCAUAGGUAAGCAAGAUUAUAUUGCCUAGAAACAAUUAGGAUCGAUAAUAAUUUCGUUGGGGGGUUAGUCUCCCUUCAACGAAGGGUUUUUAUUCUGGGUUCUGAAAACCCUACCCUAUAGGGCCUAAGCGCGCAUCGCCGCCCUCUCUACGCGUAACGGUGCUCAUCAUUUCCGGCGAAACCAGUGAGACGAUACUCCCCCGUGCGGCUGGAGAACUCCUCAACUCUCCCUGCGACCCACCGCGAGCGACGCCGAGCCGUUGCCUACCGUGAUCCAGGCGGUCACUCUCCUUCGACCCGAUUUGAGCAUCCACAUCACGCGGUACGCGUAGCCCCGCAGCUCGCCUCAUUGGUGAGAACAGUGCAGCUCUCUCUCUCUGAGCCCUACCGUCAGGCGACGCGCAAGCCCCUGCCUCUCGCGAUCGGUGCCUAUCGGUCGAACAGGCGGCUCCAAUAUUACCACAGUGGGAGCUCGCAGCGUAAGCAGUAACACCCAACAGUAAAGAGUGAGCCCCGAGUGAAACGCGAUCUCUCAAUCACGCCGCCAGGCAGAUCUCCUGCUCUUUGAUCGGUGCAACAGCAAGUUGCCGCAAUACAAGACCCGUAUACGCCUCACCGAGUAUCUGCGUCUCUCGCCGGCUGCAGUUGCAGGUCGCGCGACACCUGUAGGAGCAACACGACGAUUGGGCCCCAACGACAGAACAUAGUUUGUUCUACGAAACUGUAAGUUCGUUCUUUUUUUACCUUUGAGCUCAAAGUAGGUCUAGUAGGUAGUAUUCUAGAUUGUACAAUUGUAAAUAUACUUUAUCCGAUCGGAGGUCCAAAAUACACCGCUAACUUUGCUGAAUUGGUUGUAGCCUUCCUAUUAGUUUUUUUUCUUUUUUAAUUUUAUUCGGUGAUCCUUUUUCGAUUUCUUAUUUCGUUGGAGCUUCCGUUUGGGUUGUCGGAGAAACAGUGUGUUUGAGCCACUUUUUACAACUCGCCCGUGACAGAGUCUCAAGCCGGACCUUAAAAAGCGUCAGCAGUCUCUCUAACCCGAGAGUGGCGCUAAAGCUGCUGACGUUGUGUGCAAUAGAACCGUUACAUUUGGCGCCCAACGUGGGGCCCUGAGAAUUUUGGGCAAUUUAGUAAUUUUUCGAAUUUCGUUAGUUUCAGUAAAUCGGUUAAUUUUGAGUUUUUGUUAGGUUGACUAUUGGAUUUGGUUUAGUUUUAAGUUGGAUUUGGUUUUCUUUAGGUUUAUACAUUGAAUUCGUUAAAUUUCCUUUAUAGAAUAAGAAUAAGUUUAUUGUACUGUUCCUCUAUAGAUAUAAGUCUUCUUUUUUCUUCGUUUCUUUUUUUUUUUCUUUCUCAAAGUGACUAUUAUUACAUUGACUUUUUUAUUCAGCCAUUGAAUUAACAAGUGAAUUUGAAAAGUUGUACUUAAAAAUGGAUGAACAUACAGUAGGGGAGACGACCUCUAAUUCUCAGAGGACAUUGGUGACCCCGCCGAUAUGGGAGGCCGAUUUUUCCCGGGAACGUAGAGCUGGGAAUCAAGGUGAAACUGUCCAGUAUCGUGGACAACGCCUUGCUUGGGCUGACCAGGUGGUCCAAAAUUACUCUUUGGAUAGUCGUCUGCCAGCAUCGAACAAUUUGCAAUCCGAAUUGGAUCGCGCCUCGAGAAUGAACUUAUCCGCAGAUGGAUUUCAACUGCCAUCUCGAGUUUACCCUACGGCUACUUCGCAGGAAACUCCCGGUAGCACUUGGCUUCGUGCUCCGCCGAAUAUCUCUCAAUUUUCGGAACCAGUAGCGAGUGCAACUCAAUAUAGUACUGCGAAUCUGGCAAAUAUCAGAGAUCUCUCUUUUGGCCUGCCAACGGUAGGCACGUCAACGGCGAAUUUGCUUCCAGAGUUGGUGUCGACCUCUGUUGAAGGUGAUAUGAGACCAUUGUUAAACUCCACUGUCCAACCUAAUCUGUCGACUAAUGGUGCAGCCUGGACAUCGGCCCCGAUUAGCUCAGAAGCAAUGGUGAAUUCCGCCUAUAUGAUUACUGAAAAUCAGCAUCGUUCUUCCCAAACGUUGAAUCCAUUCCUUUCGGAUCCCGGUAGUACUUGUCCGGGGGCCUCCGGAAAUUUGAACCGCUCAAGCCGAAGCGUUCUCACACUUGAACAAGAGGCACAGACUCCUAAUCCACCUGCAAAUGAGGCACCAAUGGCAAAUAAUUUCGUACAUGUGUCAGAAAUUCAAAACUAUGUUGAGACUUACGUGCGUCAACUGUUGACGAAUCAAGCAGGUCGUCCAAUCGUCCAUGACACCUCAAUCAACCGUCUCACUCAGCAGAUGGGAGGAGUUGGAAUACACGAUGUGGACAUUUCGCAGAUGUCCCAUCCGUCUUCGGUACCUCAAGCCCGACCUGGACUUUCUCCACCUCUACAGAUGCGUUCUGCUGGGACAUCUGAAAGAGUACUGGAAAACAGAGAAGAUCUGAUGAACGAUACGCCUCAAGUAUUCAGACAGGUUUUGCGUAACUCUUUUCCGAGUUUCCAGAACCCGGUGUAUCCUGGAAGGCCAACGGCUCUCCACGAACAGGGCCAACGCCAUGAACCCACCGUUCGGGAAAAUUAUUCACCAAACCCGUCGCCUAAUUCAUCCCUACGGGGAAGUGCAGUUCCACACCAGGGUCAAAGAGGAAGGUUGCCGCAUCAAACAUGCAACAUCUUGGAGAAGUGGCCAAAGUUCGCAGGUGAUGCAAGUCCGAUUCCGGUUGUAGAUUUUCUACGCCAGAUCGAACUUCUGUGUCGCUCCUAUCAAAUCACAAAAGAAGAGUUGAGAACGCACGCGCACCUAUUAUUCAAGGAGGAUGCCUACAUUUGGUAUACCGCCUAUGAACCGAAAUUUGACAGUUGGGACACCUUGUUAUCUUACCUUCGAAUGCGUUAUGACAAUCCCAACCGUGAUCGAUUCAUUAAGGAGGAACUACGUAACAGAAAACAGAGACCAAACGAGCUCUUUAGUGCCUUCCUCACGGACAUAGAAACCCUUUGUCAGAGACUGAUGAAAAAGCUCUCUCGCGACGAAAAAUUCGACAUUGUCAUAGAAAAUAUGAAAAUGUCGUACAAACGACGUUUAGCCCUUGAAAAAAUUGACUCUUUGGACCAUUUGGCUCAACUUUGCUAUAAAUUUGACGCGCUCGAAGGAAACCUAUACCAUCCUCGAGGCCCUAAUAGACCUCCUGUGGUCAAUGAAAUUGAUUAUGAUGAAGGUGAGGUUGAAUUUCAUGAAAAGGAAGACGACGAGUGGGAAGUAGCUGCUGUUCAAGCUCGUCGAGGACCAUUGGAUCGUUCAAGAGAGCAGUCAUCUCGCAAACCUGAGGGAACCGAGCGACCCAACCCUUUAUGUUGGAAUUGUAGAAAAGUGGGACACUUGUGGAGGGAAUGCGACAAAAAGAAAGCUAUUUUCUGUCACAUGUGUGGACAUCCAGAAACCACAGCGUUUCGAUGCCCACAGCAACAUGACAUUCGCCCAGCUUUCGAAGCUCGAUCAAAAAACGAGUAG